AUUAUAUAGACGUCAAAAUUUUAAUUUGUGGAGGGUGUUGAUCGAUAUUUGGUGCAAAUUGGAAAAAAUUGUAGAGAAAUUUCUUCGAAUCUUUCAAUUUGACCAAUAUCUAAACAGUAAAAUCAAAUUUGAUAUAAACAUUUUUGUUUUCUGAGUAACUUAGGGCCUAUUAGGUAGCCGAGAUGAUUGGUGGCUUAUUUGUUUACAAUCAUAAAGGCGAAGUUCUUAUCAGCCGAGUUUAUCGUGAUGACAUCGGACGUAAUGCAGUGGAUGCAUUCAGAGUAAAUGUGAUACAUGCUCGUCAGCAAGUCCGGUCACCAGUUACUAACAUAGCGCGAACUAGUUUUUUUCAUAUUAAGCGCGCUAAUAUAUGGUUAGCUGCGGUGACCAAACAAAAUGUAAAUGCUGCGAUGGUAUUUGAGUUCCUUCUUAAAAUUAUUGAAGUGAUGCAAUCAUACUUUGGUAAAAUAUCUGAAGAGAACAUCAAGAAUAAUUUUGUGCUUAUUUAUGAGUUGCUUGAUGAAAUUUUGGAUUUUGGUUAUCCUCAAAACACAGAUUCUGGAACUCUGAAGACUUUUAUAACACAGCAAGGUAUCAAGUCAGCAACCAAAGAAGAACAAAUGCAAAUUACUUCCCAAGUAACGGGUCAAAUAGGCUGGCGACGUGAAGGUAUUAAGUACCGGCGCAACGAGCUGUUUUUGGAUGUUUUAGAAUAUGUUAACUUGCUUAUGAGUCCGCAAGGUCAAGUGUUAUCGGCUCACGUAGCUGGUAAGGUUGUAAUGAAAUCAUAUCUUUCGGGGAUGCCCGAAUGUAAAUUUGGUAUUAAUGACAAAAUUGUCAUGGAAUCGAAAGGUCGUGGUCUUUCUGGAAAUUCCGAAGCAGAAACUUCACGCUCUGGUAAGCCUGUUGUAGUUAUUGAUGAUUGCCAAUUUCAUCAAUGUGUCAAGCUUAGCAAGUUUGAGACUGAACACUCGAUUAGUUUUAUACCGCCAGACGGUGAAUUUGAAUUAAUGCGUUACCGCACAACAAAAGAUAUUUCAUUGCCAUUCCGUGUUAUACCAUUGGUGCGUGAGGUUGGCCGUACUAAAAUGGAAGUAAAAGUAGUACUGAAAUCGAAUUUCAAACCUUCUCUGUUGGGUCAAAAAAUUGAAGUAAAAAUACCUACGCCUUUAAAUACUUCUGGUGUUCAACUCAUAUGUCUUAAAGGCAAAGCAAAAUAUAAAGCAUCAGAGAAUGCCAUUGUUUGGAAAAUCAAACGUAUGGCGGGUAUGAAAGAAACUCAACUUUCGGCUGAAAUAGAAUUACUAGAAACCGAUACGAAAAAGAAAUGGACACGCCCACCUAUAUCUAUGAAUUUUGAGGUACCAUUCGCACCAUCUGGUUUCAAGGUACGCUAUUUGAAAGUAUUCGAACCAAAAUUGAACUACUCUGAUCAUGAUGUCGUUAAAUGGGUGCGUUAUAUUGGUCGUAGCGGAUUAUACGAAACUCGCUGUUAAGAGCUGUUAAGAGUUAGCGGUGGCACCCUAAAAUUUUUACGGAAACGUCAAAGACGCGCAAUGUAAAAUAUGAUAUUGAACAUAGAAAUUUGUAUUUUCCAAAAAUAAUUAAAAUUUAUGUAUUCCAAUUUAGUGUUAUGUUUAUAUACAUUAUUUCUAUUCUACAUUAUUUCUACUCUUUAAAUAUUUAAUUUGAAUAUUUUAUGUACUCGUAUUUCUUAGUUUACUUCCCUUGGACGUAUCCAAUUAAUUAUUGUUUAUUUCUACAUAGUUUUGUAAUAUUUUUUUACUUUUCCAUUAUAAGCAUAAACAAAUAUGUAUGUAAUCUCCAAAUAUAAAAGAACGUUAAUGUAUGAGUAAAAUAUAUUGUUUAAUUUGAUUAUGCACAAUACUAUUCGAAGCAAGAAACCUAUCGCUUUUUAUAAAAAAAUUUAUAUAAAUGAUUUUAUAUAUAAACGGUAAGGUAUUUGCAUUUUUCGAAUUAAAUAAUAAUUGUUGAAAUUAUUCGAUUAUUCAACCUCUCUUAUAUAUUGAAUUAGCUUUAUUAAUUAUUACAACAAAUAAACAAAAUGUAACAUUCUAUAUAUAUACAUUAACUAUCAUUGAACUUUAUUGACUAUAUUGAAAAUGUUAAUUAUAAACAGUUAAAUAAAAUAUAUAAUAAAUAAUAUACGAGUAUAUCGCUCUUCGCUCUUCAUAACAGUUAACCGCAAGCAUGUGAGUCAGCAUUUGUUGAGUUAAAUCAAAGCAAGAGGGGGGAAUAGAUGUAAAAUACGGUGUUGGCAAACAGAGGCACACAGAAGUGAGAAAUAUAUUAAUAAAAAAUUGUUUAUCGAGUAGAACCAAUAAAUUUUAAAAUCGAUUUAAUUA